AUGUCGAGCGGCCGUAUUAUUUUCUUUCACAUCCUUUUCCUGUACAUUUUUGGUGGUGCAUUUGGUUUAAAGUGCUACAUUGGAGAAUUUAAUUCCGAGAUAAGAACGCAUCGCGAAGAUGAACACGCGACGAGCAAGCUGUCUUUCUUAGUGGUCGCUUUACAAUUGACCAUCGUUAACAGAGUGAUCGAAAUCUGGCAGCGGCAUUCGAAGCCAAUGCAAUUAGCCUUUCUGGACCUUGAAGCCACUUUCGACUCUCCUCAUCGAGGCCACUUCAACGCGCUCCGCACCGAUAGAGUACCAGGAGAGUUGGUGGUGCCUGGGGUAAGACGAGGCCCAGUGGCACGACCUUUCCUGUUCAACUUCGCUAUCGGUGACACCAUGCGAAGAACAGUCGAUUAG